UUCGAAAUAAAGAAUUCCAUUACAAAAAUCUGGAAUUCAACGCAUUUAAUUUUCCCUCUAACAGCUGAAAACAAGAGCUUCUGAGUUGACGUAGUAAUAUAUAUCUCCACACUCCACAGCUUCGCCUUCUUUAUAGCAUUUACAUACAUACAUACUCAUAUCUCUUUCUCUUGUAAGUAUAUAUAUAUGGUAGCAGUAGCACAAAUGAAGCGAAGGAGAGAGGUGGAGAUGGUAGCAUCGGAGAUUAGGUCUGCAAUUGAUGAGGUCUCGCUGUUAGUAGCCAACCUCAAAACUGCCGCAUCUGAUCAUGCUGUUCCGCUUCCGGUUUCUGAUUCUGUUGCUCCGGUUCACACGAGUGUCCAAAUUCCGAUCAAGCCGUUUCUCUCUCUCUGCGAUUUGCUCGUUCAAGUUCUAGAUAAGAUAGGGCCAACAAUGGCUGUGUUGAGACAAGACAUUCGUCACAACAUUGAGAGAUUAGAGAAAUUCCAUGAUUCUGAUCCAUCAAUAUAUUGCGACGUGGUUGAGAUUUUGAAGAAAGAGGUAAAUGAAGGCAACGCAAAAAAGGGGCCCACAUGCAGCAAAGCCUUUGUUUGGCUCAACAGGUCCCUAGAUUUUGCUAUGGUAUUGUUAGAGUUGCUAGUGAAGGAUUUUGGGAGAAAUAUGGAGGAAAUGGUUGAAGAAUCUUACACCACCACCUUAAAACCAUGGCAUGGAUGGAUCUCUGCAGCAGCCUAUAAAAUCGCCCUGAAGCUGGUGCCCGAUAGCCGGACUUUCGUGGAUGUUCUUAAGGUCAAAGGCGAAGAAGAAGAAGAUGACGACGAUGUUCUCAAGAAAGACAUACAAAAGCUGAUCUCUCUGCUGAUGCCAGUGCUAGAGCAGAACAAGGAUAUUUUGAGAGAGUAUGGAUUGGAUAAGCUGAAAUCGACGUGAAGAAGAAGAAUGUUCAAAUUUUGGUGAUUGGUGUAUGAGUAUGAUGCAUCUUGUUUUAGGCCAAUGUACAGUUGAAAUAUGUAAAAUAGUUAAUCUCUUCUCUUUUUUUUUGGUUAUUUUUGAGGUUCGCUAACAACUUUCUGUUUGUUUUACACAAAAACUCUGUCACGAGCCUUCUUUUUAUUCGUCUCAUGGUUGUUCUUGUUCGUACAUCUAAUACGACAUGAGAUAGAGAAAUAAAUUGACUUGUGUUACCAUUUUAUGUCCUUUUGCAAUGGCUAAUUAAGGUUGAUAAAUUCGGUCUAUUUUUAUCUGUGUCAA